CGUGACCGUCACCUUGGAUGAGGUCUUGUUUGCAAUCGCCGUCGCCGCCCUUCAGCGGCCGGCUCCGCCGAAGAACGAGCGCCUGCGCCCGCCUGCUCCCUGCGGUACGAGACGCGAUGGAGUCCGAGCUGGCGCAGCUGGACGCUUGCUGUCGGGCACUCCAAUGGCAACGUGCGCUGCACAGCGUGAUGACACCUCCGUCGAUCUCUCUGUCGGCCACGAACCGGGCGAUGAAAUGCUGUGCCCGCGCCACGCAGUGGCCCUGGACACUGGACCUGCUGCAGCGCUUGCGCCGCUGGCGCCUGGUGGCGGACCGCUAUAGCUUCGGCGCGGCACUGGUCGCGUGUGAGAAGGCGCUCCAGUGGCCCUGGGCCUUGGCGCUGCUGCGAGAAGCAGAGAGAGGCGACCCGGUGCUCUACAGCAGUGUCAUGAGCGCAUGCAACAAGGCAGAGCAGUGGGCCAUGGCCCUGGAAGUGUUUCAAGAGUUGCAGACGCAGCGAUGUUCGGCGGACGUGGUGGUCUACAACGGUGCCAUCAGUGCUGCUGAGCGAGGCGCCCUGUGGCCCUUGGCACUUCACCUCCUGGCCGAGUUGUCGCAGUCCUCCCUGCAGCCCAGCGUGGUGUCGGUGAGCACGGCCAUGAGCGCCUGUGAACGAGGCAGCCAAUGGUGUUUGGCGCUCCAGUUGUUUGAUCCCUCAGAGGAGAUGAGCGAUGAGAUCGCGUUCGGCGCCGCGAUCAGCGCCUGUGCAGAAGGAGGUCAAUGGCGCCUGGCCCUCCACUAUUUCUCUCUGGCUUCGGCACGGCAACACCCACGGGAACGCACGCCGCAGCCGCCCGCGCCGUCGCGGCAGUCCGUAGGCCUCGUGCUACGAAAUGCUCUCCUGAAUGCCUUGGGUCGUGGGAAUCAAUGGCAGAAGGCCCUGUGGUUGCUGGGGGCCGAUGGAUGGCCCAAGGAUGUCAUCAGCUACAACGCGGCCAUCAACGCCUGUGAGGAGGGCAGUCAAUGGAAUUGGGCGCUCUAUUUGCUAUCCAGCCUACAGCAGCAGCCCCGCAUUCAGUGCAAUGUCAUCAGUUACAACAGCGUGCUGAGCAGCUGCGAGGCCGCGAGUCAUUGGACCUUGGCCUUGCUGCUCCUCCGCGCCGCCGAGGCGAAAGGCCUCUUCGACGUGAUUACUUACAGCGCGGCCAUCAGCGCCUGCGAGAAAGCGCAUCGGUGGCAGUGGGCGUGCCAGCUCCUCACGCGACUCCGAGAACAAGAGCUCCAAGGCAACGUGGUGACGUACAGCUCGGCGAUUUUGGCAUGCCACUGGGGAGAACAGUGGCAGAGUGCUUUGGAACUCUUGAGAACUUUGCAGAAGGACCGGCUACAAGGGAACAUCAUGACCUACAAUGCCUCCAUUGCAGCUUGCCAUGCUGGAGGUCAAUGGAAGCGAGCUUUGUCCUUGUUUGCAGAGCUGGAGGCCAUGACUUUGGAAAGCUCUUCGAUUACCUUCAAUGCCUUGCUCAGCGUUUGUGCUCGCCAGCGGCAAUGGGCACAGGCCUUCGACCUCUUGCAGAGCUUCCCCCAGAAGUCGUGGGACGUGAAAGCGCUCCAGUUGGAUGGAGGAAACGACCCACCGUGGUGCGGACCGUGCCGCGGCGGGGGAGCCACGGUGCCACGGUGCCACGUAGGUCGUCACCUAUGCGGAGGCCGCCAACGACGCCGCGCUGUGGGAUGUCCUCCUGGGACGGUCUGGUGCGGGGAAUGCACCAGAACUGCUAGGACACCUUCAGCUGAAGGCCAUGCGCCUUGAAGUUCUGCAGCCCGGCGUGAAAAGAGGAGUUGCUGAGCUGGGUGGGUAGAACGACCGCCGCUGCGGUGGUGCUCAGGCCGGUACCUGGACCUAGAACACCCGAACACCCGGUACCGGACCGGCGAACGACCGAACGACCGCACGACCCGAGCUCGGCGAACGGGGGUGUUCGUCCGACACCAUCCCACGACCGG